CACAUUUGUUUUCAAGAAACUCACCGAACACAUAAACACAAGAUCAGUGAUGCUCAUUUUUGACUCUUCACUAAGCUAUACAUACACCUAUACACACACAUAAUCAAACUCAUAAAUUUUAUCACAAAAAUUUUAUUAAUUGAUUGCAGAUUGUUUAAUUACGUCUCUAAUCACCUCUCUAAUUGCUCACAAAUGGCUGUAGUUGCAUCUGCUCCUGGGAAGGUGUUGAUGACUGGUGGAUACUUGAUUCUGGAGAGGCCUAAUGCAGGCCUUGUGUUAAGUACUAAUGCUCGAUUUUACGCGAUUGUUAAGCCGCUUUAUGAUGAGCUGAAACCCGAUAGCUGGGCUUGGGCAUGGACAGACGUCAAAUUAACUUCUCCUCAAAUGUCAAGGGAAACUACAUAUAAGAUGUCACUAAAGCAUCUGCUGUUGCAGUGUACUGCUUCGAGCGACUCAAGGAACCCCUUUGUAGAGUAUGCAUUGCAAUAUUCUGUGGCAGCAGCAUAUGCGAAUUUCAACAGUGAUAAGAAGAAUGUUUUGCACAAACUACUUUUAAAAGGCCUGGAUAUUACAAUUUUGGGUUCCAAUGACUUCUAUUCAUAUCGGAAGCAGAUUGAAGCCCUUGGCCUCCCUUUGUCCCCAGAAUCUUUGGCUACACUUACACCCUUUACUUCAAUUACUUUCAACGCUGAAGAGUCGAAUGGAGAAACAUCAAAGCCUGAAGUUGCAAAAACUGGGCUGGGAUCAUCUGCAGCCAUGACUACUGCUGUGGUUGCUGCAUUACUUAAUUACCUUGGGGUUGUUAACCUUUCUUCGUCAAGUGAAGAUCAAGAUCAAGAUAUGAUGGAAACUACUGAUCUUGAUUUUGUGCACGCAAUAGCUCAAACUGCUCAUUGUAUUGCACAAGGAAAAGUGGGCAGUGGAUUUGAUAUUAGUUCUGCAGUUUACGGAAGUCAACGUUAUGUCCGCUUUUCUCCUAAAGUUCUUUCGUCAGCUCAGGAUGCAUAUGAAGGCAAGCCACUGGAUGAAGUUAUUAGUGAAGUCUUGAAAGGCAAUUGGGAUCAUGAGAGGACUAAAUUCUCAUUACCUCCAUUGAUGACACUUUUGCUUGGGGAGCCUGGAACUGGUGGAUCGUCCACACCAUCAAUGGUUGGUGCUGUCAAAAAAUGGCAGAAUUCGGAUCCUCAACGGUCCAGAGAUACCUGGACAAAGUUGUCAGAUGCAAACUCAGCUCUUGAGAAACAACUGAAUCUGCUAAGAAAAUUAGCAGCUGAACAUGCAGAUGCAUAUCAAUGUGUUAUCAACAACUGCAGUAUUCGCAAGUCGGAAGAGUGGAUGGAACAAGCAAGUGAACCAAGACAAGUAGAAAUUGUGAAAGCAUUGUUAGAAUCUAGGAGUUCUAUGCUUGAGAUCAGGAAUCACAUGCGGCUAAUGGGAGAGGCUGCGGGAAUUCCAAUAGAACCUGUAUCACAGACUCAGCUCUUGGAUACCACGAUGAACACAGAGGGAGUCCUGUUGGCUGGAGUUCCUGGUGCAGGUGGAUAUGAUGCUGUAUUUGCUGUAACCUUAGGGGAUGCAAGCAGCACUAAUCUCACAAAAGCAUGGAGUUCACACAAUGUUUUGGCCAUGCUAGUGAGGGAAGAUCCUCGAGGAGUUGCUCUAGAAAGUAAUGACCCUCGUGCCAGGGAGAUCACAUCAGCUCUGUCGGCGAUUCAUGUUGGAUGACCAUACAUUUCAAGGUCCCCUAGUUCCCUUUAAAUCUAUUCUUAAAAGUUUACACAUCUACUUAUUAAAACUGAUUUCGUUGUGAAGACUUUCCGGCCGUGAAAAGUGCUUUUGCAUCGCAAAUUACGACAUUGUGCACUUCUCUGAACAAGCUGUAUUCUAAAGACCUUAGGCUAUCUUCUUUUCGUAACGGCAUUGUUGUUGUACAAGAAGCAGAUGAUACAGAAAUUAUCUAAGAGCUGUCUAUUAAUAGUUUUUUUUCGCAA